UAUCUAUUAUUGUGGAAUAAUCCCAAGCUGACGCCAGUACUAUAUCAAAGGUCAACUGUAGUUAUAUUUUUAAACCUCAGUUACUAAAUGUGUUUCAUAAUCUGGUAGUGUUUUGUUCGGUAUUAACCCAUUUUUUGAGUGAAAAUAUUUAAGUACGUCCUGUGAGCGGGUAUUUCGUUAAUUUUCAUCGCAGUUCCAGACAAAAUGGAUUCGAACACUAUAACUUUAACUAGAUUUUUUCUGCACGAACAACAGAAAUUUCCUGAAGCGACGGGUGAACUAACUCAACUUCUGGCGUCAAUUCAAACAGCUGUAAAAGUUAUUAGCAGUGCUGUACGUCGAGCAGGUAUUACUAAACUAUUUGGAACAGUCGGAGAACAAAAUGUGCAAGGGGAAGAAGUUAAAAAACUGGAUGUGUUGGCAAAUGAAUUAUUUAUUAAUUUACUAAAAUCGUCAUAUACGGUAGCUUUACUAAUAUCCGAAGAAAAUGAAACUAUUAUGGAGGUAGAGACUGAUAAAAAAGGGAAAUAUAUAGUAGCAUUCGAUCCAUUAGAUGGUUCUUCAAAUAUAGAUUGUCUUGUUUCAAUCGGUUCCAUUUUUGCUAUCUAUAAGAAGCCUGAUAACACAUUCCCAACAAUCGACGAAGCUCUGAUGAGCGGUAAACAUGUUGUAGCCGCUGGUUAUGCUCUGUACGGAAGUGCUACUAUGUUAGUUAUAUCUUCAGGAAGCGGUGUACAUGGAUUUAUGCUUGAUGCAACAAUUGGGGAGUUCGUUUUGACAGACCAAAACAUGACUAUUCCCAAAAGAGGAAAAAUUUAUUCCAUAAAUGAAGGCUAUUACCAUGAUUGGGAAGAUUCGAUACGAGAAUAUGUAGAUACUAAGAAAGAUCCUGCGAAAGGGAAACCUUAUGGUGCUAGGUAUGUGGGAUCUAUGGUGUCAGAUGUUCACAGGACUAUUAAGUAUGGAGGAAUUUUCUUAUAUCCUGCUACUAAAGCUGCUCCUAAGGGAAAGUUGCGACUACUAUACGAAUGUGUUCCAAUGGCGUUUAUUGUUACCCAAGCUGGUGGUUUGGCUUCAAACGGGAAAAUUCCAAUACUGGAUAUUGUACCAACAAAUCAUCAUCAACGUACUCCUAUUUUCUUAGGAUCUGAAGAAGAUGUGAAAGAAGUUCAAGAUAUCAUAGCCAAACACGAAAAAUGUUCGUGUGUAUCAAAAUAAACAUUUAAAAAGAUGAAUUUUAUUAAAAAUAUGUAUAAUGUACAAAAUAUAUCAUCAAAUUGUUUAUAGAA